AUGGAAAUCUCAGCCUCUUCACACGCCAUGCUUCCUUCAUUUUCUCGUCAACCAAGCAGUGCGUGUGUUUUGCAGGAUGCCUUCUCCCUUAUACUCAUUCUGGGGUUGCUCUCUUCUAAUUGUAUUUCUUCCUCAAAGGCUGCUGACUUUAACGUCUUAAAUAAUGGAGCUGCUGGUGAUGGCAUCACGGACGAUACCCAAGCAUUUCAAAAGGCUUGGAUUAAUGCAUGUGGUGCAAGAGGAGACAACCCUACUGUGGUGGUUCCCCAAGGAAAGAAAUUUUUAGUGAAGCCGACAGUCCUUAAUGGCCCCUGCAAGCUUCCUACCAUCACCUUUCAGGUAAAUGGGGAAAUAAUUGCACCUAAUUCGCCAAGAGCAUGGGCCGGGCUUGAUCAAAGCCAGUGGAUAGCAUUUACAGGUGUGAACGGGCUCACCUUCAGUGGGCCUGGCACAAUCAACGGCCGGGGCCUUGCCUGGUGGCUACAGAGCUGCAGAGAUCAUCCCUCCUUGAAGGGAUGCACUACCUUGGCACCAACUGCUGUGAAGUUUCUUUCAUGCAAUGAUCUCAGCAUUGCGGAUUUGCACUUUGUGGACGCUCCUCAGACGCACGUAUUAAUGAUGGGCUGCAACAGUGCGUACGUAAAUAAUUUGAAGGUGAAGGCUCCUGGCAUGAGCCCCAACACUGAUGGCAUUCACCUUCAGGAUGUUCACAACCUAACCAUUUCCAACUCUGAAAUAAGAACUGGUGACGAUUGCAUUUCCAUUGGAGAUUACACCUCUAACGUCAAUAUCACCCACAUCGAUUGUGGACCUGGACACGGAAUAAGCAUUGGAAGCUUGGGCAAGGCUGGAAAUGUUGUACAAGUAGAAAACAUUCAUGUGAGCAAUGUCAACUUCACCAACACUACCAAUGGAGCUCGAUUAAAGACAUGGCAGGUUGGGAAGGGCUUUGUUCGAGGGAUCUUGUACGAAAACAUCAAGGUCAAUUCUGUGGCAAACCCCAUAAUCAUAGAUCAAAAUUAUUGUGAUAAAAGCUCUUGCAAGGAACUGAAAACUGGGGUUAAAAUAAGUGAUGUGACCUUUAGGGGUUUCACAGGGACCUCGAGUACGAUCAUUGCUGUUAAUCUACAAUGCAGUCGAGCUGUUGCGUGUACUGGAAUAGUUUUGGACAAUAUUCAACUCACUUCAAACAUUAUCAAGCGACCCGUCAAAUCUAGUUGUGUUAAUGCCCAUGGAACUACAGUUGGAAUGAUGCAGUCACUGCAUGUGUUGAAACAAGGGAGUGAGGAUGGGAUUUGA